AAAUUACUUAUUAAUUUAUGUUGGUUUGCGUCUUCCGUAAAUUUAUGCACUUGAAGUUGACAGUCACAGCCCAAACAUUCAGAGACUGAUUGUGGUGGUACUUUGUUCAAAGAAGCAAUCAUGCCAAAGUGUCCUACAUGCAACAAAGAAGUGUAUUUCGCCGAGAAAGUUUCUUCCAUUGGGAAGGACUGGCAUCGCGGAUGUCUGAAGUGUGCAAAAUGCGGCAAAACGUUGUCUUCAGGCAGCCAUGCUGAGAAAGAGGGAAAACCAUAUUGCCAUAGACCGUGUUAUGCAGCUUUAUUUGGACCGAAAGGUAACGCUUUUCCCCCCGACGAAUAUUUCGUUGUUAUUUCCUUUAUCUGAUGAUAAAUGUAUAUAAUCGCAGUUUCAGAGAGAAAGUAUAUGUGAUGCAUGUCCAGUGAAAGAAUUCUGAUACAGAAUAAUUGAUUGUGCUUCAGACAGAAUUGUAGAUAUACAAAGAAAGCUUAUAUCGCAUGUAUAUAUUUAAUUAACAGAGUCGUAAUACGUGUAUCUUUUCAGGUUUUGGUCACGGUGGAACAGAAAGUCACGCGUACUAAUAAAGAUACGGUGGACCAAUCCGACCCUGUAAUGACACAUAUGUCUCUUCGUCAGUGUUAGCCAAUCUAUGUCGCUGUUUAAUCCACAAAUACUACGUCAUUCUUAAAGAAAACACCUUUUUAAGAGAUAGAAUAUUAAACGUUUCUUGCUUUA